AAAACUAUUAAUUUAUUUUCAAUGUGUUUAUUAAAGUCAAUAAUCGAAAAAUAUAGUUGAUUUUUGUGAUGUUUUUAAUAACUAAGUAUUCACUGCAAUCGAUUAAUGAACCGCGGAAAUAAUCGAUUUUAUUAUACAAGAAAUACCCCAGCACUAAAUCUAUUCCGUUUCACACAUUGCGUACAUUAAAUAAAAAAUAUUUUUACAUCGUAUUUAAUUAAAAUAUAAUCAAUAGACUCAGAUUUUACUAUAUAUUUCAAGACAAGUAGUUAAUUUUUUUUUAUUAUAUUGCUAAUAAAAUACAAAUAUUUUUUCAAAAAUAUUCUGCAUAUGUAGUAUGCGUAAUAUGGAUAACCUUGAAGUGUCAUACGGAUCAUCUUACGUGAAAAAGACUAUAAUUAAGAGAGAACAUUUUAAUAAUAAAUUAUCAGCUCUGACACUGGCAAACCGCUGCGGUUUCUUGUGUUUAUUUUACUUUGUGAUGAUAACAUUGCCUUGAUAACAAUAUUCACCGCAUCCAAUCAUAACUGGCACUAUAAAUAUUAGUUAACCUCUAACGUUGGUCAUUGUCGGGAAAACUCUAAGUUAGAAAACUUGUGUUACCUAUUUUAUCUCAGUGAAAAUGAAGUUUUGUGCGAAUUUGGCCUUUAUGUUCACGGAGGCAACGUCGAUGAUUGAAAGAUACGCACUAGCGAAAGAUGCCGGGUUUAAAGCUGUGGAAAGCGGGUUUCCAUUUGGGUUCACUCUGGAGCAGGUGAAGCAAGCCAAGGAGGCGGCUGGUAUUGAACAAGUGCUGAUCAAUUUGAACACAGGAGAUGUAAGUAAAGGGGAACUAGGAGUAACAGCAGUACCAGGAAAAGAAAAUGAAUUCCAGGAAAAGCUGAAAAUCACCAUUGACUAUGCCAAGGCCGUAAAUGCCAGAAAAAUCCAUAUCAUGGCUGGAAAACUAGACAAUGUGACACCACAGAACUGGGAGACCUAUGAGAACAACUUGAAGUAUGCUGCUGGGUUGCUGAAAGAUGCCAAUAUUUUGGGAGUCAUCGAACCGAUCAACCAACAUUCUGUGCCCAAAUAUUUCUUGAGUGAUUAUGGAAAAGCUAUUGAAAUCAUAAAACGCAUAGACAGCCCCAACUUGAAACUGAUGAUGGACAUAUUCCACUUGCAACACAUUUGUGGAGAUUUAUCCCAUAACAUAAAGAAUUUUAUGCCCUAUGUGGGUCAUGUUCAAAUAGCUCAAGUGCCUAAUCGCAAUGAGCCGGACACUCCUGGAGAGAUAAACUAUGAAUAUGUUUUGGAACACUUGAAAAGCAACGGCUACAACGACUGGAUUGGUCUAGAGUACAAGCCGGCAAAUGGCAGCAAAGCUGGACUGAAGUGGAUCCAUAACUACGGCUACAGCCUGUGAUAA